UUCCAGCGCGCCAAGCCCAGGUUCGAGGGCGAGCGCGCCGCCGAGGCGGCCCGGGACCCGGCCUUCACCUACAGCGUCGUCCGCCCCACCGCCUUCUUCAAGAGCCUCGGCGGCCAGGUCGAGGCCGUCAAGAAGGGCAACCCCUACGUCAUGUUCGGCGACGGCAAGCUCUGCGCCUGCAAGCCCAUCAGCGAGGAGGACCUCGCCUCCUUCAUCGCGGACUGCAUCUUCGACCAGGAGAAGGCUAACAAGGUUCUCCCAAUUGGAGGGCCGGGGAAGGCCCUCACACCGCUGGAGCAAGGGGAGAUGCUGUUCCGGCUGCUCGGGCGCGAACCCAGGUUCAUCAAGGUGCCCAUUCAGGUCAUGGAUGGUGUCAUCUGGGUGCUCGAUGGAUUGGCUAAGGUUUUCCCCGGGCUGGAGGAUGCCGCCGAGUUCGGCAAGAUUGGGAGGUACUAUGCGUCGGAGAGCAUGCUAGUGCUCGAUCCCGAGACCGGGGAGUACAGCGACGAGAAGACGCCGAGCUAUGGCAAAGACACGCUGGAGCACUUCUUCGAGAAGGUGAUAAGGGAAGGAAUGGCGGGGCAGGAGCUAGGCGAGCAGACCAUCUUCUAGCUCCAGGCCUUCCAGCUUGUAAAUUCAGGGCCAAGGGUGUAGGGACGUAAGUGAGACUUCUGAGUUUUGACACGUUUGUGUUUCCAACACAAUAUACAUAUUUUUUAAAACGAA